AUUUUGCCAAAACAAACUAAAAUUUGGUAAUCUUCGUAGCAUUUUCUGCAAUAUCUAUCAGCAAAACCAUGGAAAUUCGCAACGAAGUCAAGACGGUGGACAAGGACUUCGAGAAGAAAAAGUUUGUGGUCCGCAAUGCCGCCGACAUCCAGCGCGCCAAGCUGGAAAAGCUGAUGAAGAAUCCCGAAAAGCCCGUCAUAAUCCCGGAACACCCGAAGGCGCGCGACUUUUCGUCGGCCAUCCCGUCCUUUGUGCGCAACGUGAUGGGCUCCAGUGCGGGUGCCGGUUCGGGCGAGUUUCACGUGUAUCGACAUUUGCGGCGGAAGGAGUACGCCCGCCAAAAGCACAUCCAGGAAAAGAGCCGCGCGGAAGAGCUGAACGACGAGUUCCAGGACAAGCUGGAGCGGAACCGGCAGGAGGCGGAGGAGCGUACGGCCAAGAAGCGCGCAAAACGGUUGAAGAAGAAGAAGGCGAAGCAGUCCGGCCGGGGGAAGAAGCCACGAAAGGAGCAGGAAUCGGACAAGAGUGAGAGCGAUGAGGUGGAGGAGGAAGGGGAGGAGGGUGAGCAACUGGUAGGGGAUGGUGAGGAGAAGGAGGUUGAGGAGGGAAAGCAGGAAGCGGGUAAGGAAGAUUCGAAGGAGGUUGCGGGAGAUACUGAAAAUGUUGAAGCGGGUAAGGAGACACCAGAAGGAUGA